AUGGAGUCGGAGGGGAAUCAAAGGACCCCGAAUAGGCCGUACAAUGAAAAUAGAUUCACCGUGAGAAGAAUUUCAUCUGUUGCGGUUAUGCAAAACGUACCUGAAAAUACGGAAUUGCAAGUGGAUUCGUGUCCUAAUGCGUAUGUCAAUCAGGGAUACCUAUCCGAGAUACCUUAUAAUGCUGAUAGAAAGAAAAGUUUUCAACAUAACACGUUGGAAGCUUUACCCAGGCUCGAUAAUUACAGAAAUGAUUUUAUAGGUCUUAAAAGACCUUCUUUGGGUGAACUUCACGGUGAAGAAAAAGAUUUAAAGGAUAAAAAUGAAAAUGUCGCACCACCGAAAAACGAACCGACGGGUCACGGUGUAAAAUUAGGAUGGAUACAGGGUGUUCUCAUACCUUGUUUACUUAACAUAUGGGGUGUCAUGCUUUUCCUUCGUUUGUCUUGGGUCGUUGCACAAUCCGGUAUAAGCGGAAGCCUUAUUAUUAUUGUUUUGUCUGCGAUUGUAUGCGUUUUGACGACGACGUCCAUGUCUGCCAUCAGCACAAAUGGAGAAGUGCAAGGAGGUGGGAUUUAUUAUAUCAUUUCAAGAUCCCUCGGACCUGAAUUUGGAGCUUCCGUCGGAAUAGUAUUCGCUUUUGCCAAUGCCGUCGCUGCUUCUAUGAAUACGAUCGGUUUUUGCAGUUCUCUCAACGACCUCCUGAGAGAAAACGAUUUAAAAAUCCUCGACGGUGGUGUCAAUGAUAUAAGAAUAGUCGGAACUAUAGCACUUUUGAUAAUGGUGAUCAUAUGUGCUGUCGGUAUGGAAUGGGAAUCUAAGGCGCAAAAUUUUCUCGUCGUUAUUAUAAUAGCAGCCAUGUUGGAUUUUGUUGUCGGCGCCAUCAUUGGUCCCGUUACGGAUGAAGAAAAAGCAAAAGGAUUUGAAGGAAUCAGCUCAAAACUUCUUGCGGAAAAUUGGGGAUCAGAUUAUCGUUAUAGCGAAAUGAAACAGCAAAAUUUUUUUUCCGUUUUCGCCAUUUUUUUUCCAUCGGUGACCGGAAUACAAGCUGGUGCCAACAUAUCCGGUGAUUUGAAGAAUCCGGCAUUUUCUAUUCCGAACGGCACAAUGUUGGCUGUUGUUAUUUCUAUGAUAUCAUACGCCAUUUUUGUUUUCGUUGCCGGUGCGAGUACGUCGAGAGAUGCAAGCGGUAUAGUCAGCGAAUUGGCAACUGGACAAUUUACCAAUUGUUUUAACAGAACUUGCGAAUUUGGUCUUCACAACAGCUACACGGUUAUGCAAAUGGUAUCUUCUUGGGGUCCUUUAAUAUUUGCCGGAUGUUUUGCUGCCACUUUAUCGACGGCUCUAACCAAUUUACUAUCCGUACCUCGUUUGAUACAAGCCAUCGGAAACGAUCGAAUAUAUCCGAGAAUAAUUUAUUUUUCCAAAGGUUAUGGAAAAAAUAACGAAGCUUACAGAGGCUACGUUCUCACUUUUAUCGUCUCCCUUGCUUUUUUGUUAAUCGCCGAACUAAAUGCAAUUGCUCCUCUCAUUUCAAAUUUUUACCUUGCUUCAUACGCCAUGAUUAAUUUUUGUACUUUUCAUGCUGCACUUAUCAAACCCUUAGGAUGGCGUCCGACUUAUAAGUAUUAUAACAUGUGGUUGAGCCUUGUCGGAUUCAUCUUGUGCGUUGGCAUCAUGUUUUUAAUCGAUUGGGUGACGUCACUCAUAACCAUGAUCAUCACUUUUGCAUUAUAUCUUAUCGUCGUGUAUAGAAAACCAGAUGUUAAUUGGGGAUCAUCAACUCAGGCUCAAACUUAUAAAACGGCAUUAUCGUCUGCUUUAAGGUUGGUAAAUGUAAGCGAACACGUUAAAAAUUAUAAACCUCAAAUUUUAGUGCUUUCCGGUAAACCGUGUGCACGUCCCUCAUUGCUUGAUUUAGCAUAUCUCAUAACGAAAAACAAUGCCCUUUUUAUGUGUGCGGAUAUAUUACAGAAAAAAUUAUCAUACAAAGCUCGACAGAAUAGAAUCAGAGAAAGUUAUGCAUGGUUGGGUCAUAGAAAAAUAAAAGGAUUUUACGCAUUGAUUGACGAUGUUAAUUUCGAAGAUGGCGUCAAAUCUUUACUUCAAGCAGUUGGAGUUGGAAAAUUAAGGCCCAACGUUCUCAUGAUGGGUUUCAAAGACGAUUGGAUAACGUGCUCGUACGAAAACUUACUCUCUUAUUUUAAUGGCCUGCACGAAGCUUUUUAUCAUCGCGUGGCCGUCACGAUAGUAAGAGUUCCAGGAGGCUUAGAUUAUUCUUGGGUCACAGAUGAAGAAAUUUCAAAAAUUCCCGCCAAUGGUAAUUUAACCGUUACGUCAAAUGGAACAAGCGAUCGGAGUGCCGCAUUGGAAUGUCUUCCAGUCGAAAGUCCGCAUUUACCGAGAAAAUUUAUCAUUAACGAAAAAAUAACGAAAAGUCCGAGACUCAUGUUAAAAAAAAAAGAGCCAACGUCACAAACGAAAGAAGAGUUUCAAUUAAACCAAACGGGCAAAAGAUUAUCACAAAACAUUAUGCAAGCCAUGUCAUUAUUUAAUUCGAAACAAGAUAAAGGAACGAUAGAUGUUUGGUGGUUGUAUGACGAUGGAGGAUUAACAAUUUUAUUGCCCUAUAUUAUAAGUACCAGACACGAUUGGUCAUCUUGCAAGCUCAGAGUAUUUGCAUUGGCAAAUAGAAAACAAGAAUUGGAAUUGGAAACAAGAAACAUGGCAAGCCUUUUGGCAAAGUUCAGAAUUGAUUAUGCAAGUUUAACAAUGGUCGAAGAUAUAACAGAAAAGCCAAAAGAAGAAACUCAACAAUUAUUUAAUAAAAUAUUAAGAGACUAUGCUGGAAAAACAGAAGAAGAAUCUGAAGAAUCUGUUAAAAAUACUGUACUUUUAGAUUUAGAAUUAGAAGCUCUAAGAGAAAAAACAAACAGACAUUUGAGAUUAAGAGAAUUUUUAAUUCAGCAUUCAAGCGAAGCCAAAUUAAUUGUUAUGUCUUUACCAAUGCCGAGAAAAAGUAUGGUUUCAGCACCUCUAUAUAUGGCCUGGUUAGAAAUAAUAUCAAGGGAUAUGCCACCUAUGAUGUUGGUCAGAGGAAACCAAACUUCAUCACUUAUAACUUUAUCGAAAUGA